AUGAAUAGCAAGCUUGAUUUUAAGAGCAUCAGUUCAAGUCAGGCAUCUGUUAUGGGUGACCUUCAGAGACUUCUUAGACAAGGAGAAUAUGCUCCUUUUACCUCUGUUCCGAUCUUCGAAAGCAAGUUUGUCCAGAUUAACCAAAGAGGGGAACCAAUUUCUGUGCACAAGCGAGCCAGCUGUGUGACCAUCGGCAUCUGUGCUGCCAAUCCCAGUUCACCAAUGCCCAGUGCAAUGCUAGUAGCAUCCGAGGUGCCCAUGUCCCCACAGGAAAGUAUAGCAAGCUUCUGGAAACUCUCAGAGCAGCCAUCCCACAUGGAACAGCUCAUACUUACCAGGCUCUUGCCCUUGAAGUUUGUGGAACUCUCUGUCCACAGCACAGAUAAACACCACCUCAUGUUAAAAUUAGUAAAUGGCCGUUCCUAUUAUUUAGAGCUCUGUGCCCCACCAGACCAGCAACGACACCUAUUCCACCUGUGGCUGCAGCUCAUCUCUCUCCUGAAAUCCCCAGGAAACACCGGCAAUACCAAAGUCAGUGUAAAAUGCAAGGAAAGUUGCGUGUUUCACAAGAAAGCUCCCAACGCAAACAACCCAUCAGAAAAUAGGGAUGACCCACAAGAUGUGCCUAACCCCAAAACAGAGAAAGAAGUUGUUACUAAACAAGCCUCCACCAACCAAGUUCCCAUCUCAGGUACAGUGGGUCCCACAGAAGAGAGUGGAAGGAAAGGAGGAGUCUUCCACAGCUCCCUGAAACCAACCAGGCAAGAAACCACCAUGCAGUCAAAGAAUAUAGAUCCUCUGGAUACAAAGAAGAGCAAAAGCAAAGCAAAGAGGAAAACUAGGUAG